GGUAAAAAUGGAAUAAACUCCGCGAGGAACAUCCCUUUCUGCGGAUUUGCCUUGUUUUUCUUUAUCUCCUUUCUACUACUUCUUUUCUUCUUUCUUUAUCUCUCCUCUUUUCUUCCCUUUUUUAUAUCCUUUAAUAUUUUUUUAUACUUUUCCUUAAUUACUUGGAUUUUAACUCUCUUUAUAUAAAAUGAUGCUCUAUAAGUUGGUUGUCCUUGGAGACGGUGGUGUUGGAAAAACUGCGCUUACUAUACAACUCUGUUUAAACCAUUUUGUAGAGACCUAUGACCCUACUAUCGAAGACUCAUACCGUAAACAGGUGGUUAUUGACGACCAACCAUGCAUCUUGGAAGUGCUUGAUACAGCAGGCCAAGAAGAAUACACCGCUUUGAGAGAUCAGUGGAUUAGAGACGGUGAAGGAUUUUUGCUGGUUUACUCUAUUACCUCACGCUCUACAUUUGAGCGUAUUGAAAGAUUUAGAGAUCAGAUAUUUAGAGUGAAAGAUGUAGAUAAUGUACCUAUGAUGCUCGUAGGAAAUAAGUGUGAUAAAGUAACAGAAAGAGAAGUGACUCGAGAAGAAGGACUUGCGACUGCUAAGCGCUUGGCAUGUGACUUUAUUGAAACUUCAGCAAAAACUUGUGUUAAUGUUGAAAGAUCAUUCUAUCAAGUAGUCAAAGCCAUUCGAGCUCAAAGGGAAGGCUUACGUGCUAAGCCAGGAUACAAGCCUGAUAAAGUAAAGAAGAGCAAGUGCUGUAUUUUAUAGAUUCUACAAUUUUAAUAAGGGAGAAGAAGUAAUAAAGUGAAAUAAUUGCUUAAAUAGUGAAUACAUUUUAAACUAUUUAUAAUCAUACCAGAUACCUCAUUACUAUACGGCGGUUUUCCUACAAAAAAGGGAUCGGUUGUAUAGAGUAAAUUAACUUUAUAUACAAACUAUUGUUGCGCAUAAAUUAAAGACAAAGAUAAGGAGUUGAAACAUACAAGUGCUUAUACUGUUUUAUUAAAAAUAAAUU